GCAGGGUUUUCACUAUAGAGAUAGCCAGGCCUAAAACGCACUCAUAUUGAAUCUUAGCUAAAGGAGGCGGUCAGCUUCCACCGGAAGUCCAUGAAGUGUGCCGCUCUGCCUUUUUAUGGUCUUUGCAGCGAGGUCGCGCGGCUUUUCAAGAUGGCGACGAAGGCGGGAGCUCCCUGGGAGCCCCGGCUUCUGUAGGGCCCUUUCGCUUGACUGGCUCUCUAGUGCCAGCAUCUCGGGGUGAGUGGUGGGAGGGCUUUCGCUUGGAGGCAGCCCUCCUCCCAGACUCAGGGCUCCCGAACCCGUUCGGCUCUCUCCUCUCUUGGGGCUAGGUUCAUAGCCAUUCAUUCUGAGUUCCCGUCUCCACUUUAUAAAGAAUUUCAGGUUGUGUUGGGUAUUGGUGAGUGUAAGUCAUCAAAUUUCAAUCAGUGGAAAAGAGAAAAAUAAACAGACAAAAUGGGGCGGAGGUCAACAUCUUCCACCAAGAGUGGGAAGUUUAUGAAUCCCACAGAUCAAGCUCGCAAAGAGGCCCGUAAAAGGGAGCUGAAGAAGAACAAGAAACAACGCAUGAUGGUGCGAGCAGCUGUGCUAAAAAUGAAGGAUCCAAAGCAAAUCAUUCGGGACAUGGAAAAACUUGAUGAAAUGGAAUUUAACCCAGUACAGCAACCCCAGCUAAAUGAGAAGGUGCUGAAAGACAAGCGUAAGAAGCUGCGUGAGACCUUUGAGCGUAUUCUGCGGCUCUAUGAGAAGGAGAAUCCAGAUAUUUACAAAGAGUUGCGUAAGCUAGAAGUGGAAUAUGAGCAGAAGAGAUCUCAGCUCAGUCAAUACUUCGAUGCUGUCAAGAAUGCCCAGCAUGUUGAGGUAGAGAGUAUCCCCUUGCCAGAUAUGCCUCAUGCUCCCUCCAACAUCCUCAUUCAGGACAUCCCUUUGCCGGGAGCACAGCCACCCUCUAUUCUCAAGAAAACCUCAGCGUAUGGCCCUCCUGUUCGGCCUGUUUCUGUACUUCCACCUCCUGGGCAUGGUGUUCCUCGCUUACCCCCUGGCAGGAAACCACCUGGACCUCCACCGGGGCCACCACCACCUCAAGUCUUGCAGAUGUAUAGUCGUAAAGUAGGAUUCACUCUAGAGAUGGCCCCUCGCAGAAGGGAGGAGGAGAUGUCUUACAGUCCAGAGACAGGUCCUCGAGGACAUGAUGACGAGGCUUCCAGCACCAGCGAAGAUGAAGGAUAUCCUGAGGACAUGGAUCAGGACAAGCAUGAUGACUCUACUGAUGACAGUGAUAGUGACAGGACUGAUGUAGACAGUGAAGGGGAGGAGUUAAUGCAUCAUGAUGACAAUGCUGAAAGGGAAGGUGGAGAAGAUAAGAAAUCAGGUCAUAGUGUACGGUUUGCUGACAUGCCUGGAAAAUCACGAAAGAAGAAAAAGAACAUGAAGGAACUUACUCCACUUCAGGCCAUGAUGUUGCGAAUGGCUGGCCAGGAAAUUCCUGAGGGUGGGAAAGAGGUGGAAGAGUAUUCUGAAGAAGACGACGAUGACGAUGAUGAGGAUUCAGAUGCUGAAGAGACAUCCCAGCAGCAAAGUUCAGAAGAAUCACACACAGAGACUGUAUCAUCGGUACCCUCUCAAGCUACCCAGCAACAGCAGCAGCCACCCCCUCAGCCUGUUCCUCCUGCUCAGAUCCAGGCGCCUCCCAUGCCAGGGCCACCUCCUCUUGGACCACCUCCAGCGCCACCCUUGAGGCCUCCAGGACCACCAACUGGCCUUCCUCCUGGUCCUCCUCCAGGUGAGUGUUUGAAGGGCUCCAGCUGUAUCUCUGCUUUGUGGUCCAAAGCUGGAAGACUUGAAACUUUUGAGCUCAAGUGUGUUUGCUUUACUUGAAUGAAUUUUAUGAUGCUCCUUUAUUGUUUGUGGCUGGGUUUUUUUAAUCUUGUUACAGUGUAAACUGCUCUGAAUGUGUGAGAAUGCUGGGAUGAACAUUUUUUUUAAUUAUUUUUGCUAAAAUAAUUUGUGUGGUGGGUUCCUUUUAUGUGAAUGUUCUUUCUCAUUCAUGAAGGUAAAAUGCAAUUUGUUUAUUUAUUCUAAAAAAUUUUGUUAGGCAUUUUUACCCCACUGGUCCUCCCACUGGGAGACACAACAUAGCUUACAAAAAUACCUAAAUAAACAAUUUACAGUCAAAAGAAAACUUGGAAAAA